AUGCUCAGGCAAUUCCAACCAAUUAGAAGCCCUAUACAACACCAGCGCCAGCUGGGCGGCAAGACGCCCAGGGACUUCUUGGGCGACCCUAAGAACUCGAUCAAGAAUGUCACAAGGAGUGUCAUCGCGAAACAGAACGUCGCUCAGAUGGCAAGCACCUGGGCAUCCAAGACGGGCCGCUGCACUUCGUUCGUGGUCAAGGCCAGCAACGACCUGAGUGCCUACAAAGACAAGGGCCAGCCGGUAUACGAUUUCAAGAUCUUGUCAUUCCAUCCUCCAGAUAACGGGAGGUGGCUUGUUACCAGCUUUGGAAGGCGCCAAGUGUUUUGGAUCACGUUCAGAUAGGUUGAUACCUC